CAGGCUAACACAACGGCUCAUACAAGACUCACAUAAGGCAACAAAUACAUUUUUAAAAACAUAAAAGCUGUUCCUGAGUUUAGAAAUACUCAGUAACAGUGUGGUAGAAGUGUUUUUAAUUCAUAGUCCGACCCAAUUUGCGAUUAGGUUAUGGCAGGUAGAAAACGACAGAAGUUAGCAUUAGCCUUAGCACCUGGCCGAGACCAGGGGACGGGAUUUAAAGCUGCCAAACUCAAGAAGACAGUUCAGAGUCAAAGUACUCCAAAUUUAGAGGCUGAGCGAAGCCAUUAUUUCAUCAAGAACAACCUGCAGCACAGGCUGGGAGAGGACUUUUUCAACCAACCUUGUCUUAGUUUGGCUAAAGCAUUCCUGGGCAAGGUUCUGGUCCGCAAGUACGAGGACGGGAGUGAGCUGCGAGGGAGAAUCGUGGAAACCGAAUCCUAUCUGGGAGGGGAGGACAAGGCCUCACACUCAGCAGGAGGCAAACGCACCGAGAGGAACACAGCCAUGUUUAUGAAGCCAGGCACAAUCUAUGUGUAUCCAAUCUAUGGCAUCUACCUCUGCAUGAAUGUGUCCAGUGAAGGGGAGGGUGCUGCUGUGCUGCUGCGUUCACUUGAGCCCCUGCAGGGUCAGCCCAUCAUGAGGGAGCUGAGGGCAGCCAGACGCAAAGAGGGAGCCCGUCCACUGAAGGACAAAGAGCUCUGCAACGGGCCUUCCAAGCUGUGCCAGGCCCUAAAUGUACCGCGCUGUUUUGACCGUCGAGACUUAGCCUCAGACCCGGAGGUGUGGCUGGAGGGGGAUCCAGACGCAAGUCCAAUAAAACCCCACGAUAUAGUAUCUGCACCACGCGUUGGAAUCGAAUCUCACGGGGAAUGGGCCAAGAAGCCAUGGCGGUUUUAUAUACGUGGGCACCCCUGUGUUAGUGUUGUGAACAAAGAGGCAGAGAGACAGUCUCUGUCUGGAAAUGUAAUGAACAAUUCAGGUCCCUCAGAUGUGCAGCCUGACACAGGACUGCACAAUGUCAAAAGGACUUAACAGGAACACUCCUGAAACUACUCUGCCAUGUGUUCCCUUUGUGAAUACACUACAUCUUAAACGUACGAAAUGAAUACUUUCUGAAAUUAUUCAAUCAUAUUUUUAUAAUUUUGUAGUUUUCUGACAGUUGAAAUAGGUGAAUAAAGUCCAUGAUCAGUUAAUAUCCUAACCAAUAAAAAAAAAAGGUUCUUCUUCCAUUUUGUUAGCUGCUACUUAUUUUGAUAUUUUGCAUUUUUAGAUCUGAUUAAGGGUUGUACUGGAAAGUAAUCAAUUGCAACUAUACUGAAGAACUAGAACAAGACUCAGCUCAUCAGUGCCUGUUAAAAAAACAGUUGUGAAUUGUACCUUUACACAUUCAUGAGCGUUCCACGUUUCAUUUCAUCUGCACUUUUUAAUAAACAUUCACACUUGG